CUCUGUUUCCCUUUUUUCCUCUGUGCAUUUCCCCAAAACUCAGAACAGAGAAAAAAAAAAAAAGCAAACCAAAAAAGAAAAACAAACAAAAAACCAAAAAACCCAAGUUUUCUCAAACCCUAUAUUCAUCAUAUAAACAAAGAGAAAACUCAAAAUACAAUAAUUUGGGUUGCAAAAUCCAUUCUUUAUUGGUUGUUAUUCUUGAUUAUCUUGAGAUCUUGUCCCUUUAAAAGGGUUUUCAAAUUGGAUCAGUUACCAGGUCAAGUGAUCAGCAUUCUUGGAAGGGUUUUCAGUGUUAAAUUCAGGUUUUUGUUGAGCUAUUUAUAGCCUGGAUCAGAGAAAAAUAUGUUUUUGGCGGAUAAUUUUGAGGUUUUGGGAAUUGAAUGAUUGAGAUUAGGGUAUGGAAGAAGACUGUAUAUUAUACUACUAGAAUUGGGGAACUAUUGAAACAAAGGAAAAAGAAAAGGAGAAUAGAAAAGUGGGAAGCUUUUCGGGUUUUUUCGCAUCAUUUUUGCUUAGGCUUAAUAGUGUAGGUGAUGUUUAUGUAUAUGCAAGAGUUGAUGGUUGUAAAGUUUUGGCUUUGCAGACAAGAAAAAGGAUCAGAUUACUUUGGAGAAUUCUCUUUUCUAAGAAAACCAUUUGGAUUGACAUAGUUCUUGAAAAAGCUUUUUGUGGCACUAACAUCGUCGACUAUUGAACUCCGUCAUCUUAGUUUAUCACAUUGGAUAUUUUUGAAGUGAAGAGCUAGUUUAAUUAAGUGUGGUUUUUGGACUGAUUGUGUUAGAAUUAAAUGCAUUGAAGCUGGAAAGUAAUGUGGGGUCAUGGUGAAUGGACAGGAGUCUAGUUGCUUGUUACUGGAGAAAGUAACUGAAGGACACUGUUUGCGAAACAGCGCCUUUUUAACUCAGAGCGGUAGAAUUCUGUGCCAUGUCUCGUUGCUUUCCAUUUCCACUACAAGGAUAUGAAAAGAAGCCUAGACCAGAGGACGGGAACUUGUUAAAAGAGGAGAAACGGAAGGAGAAGAAACAUAAAAAGGAGAAGAAGGACAAAGAGAAGAAAGAGGGUAAAGAGAAAAGGGAUAAAGACAGAAGUGAUGGGAAACACAGAGAAAAGAAAGACAAAAAGGACAAACACCGGGACAAGAAGGAAAAACACAAGGAUAAAAAGAAGGAUAAGGAUAAAGAGAGAAGCGACAUCUCUGAAGAGGCAAAAAUUGCUGUUCUACCUGGGGCUUCUAGCGGACAAAAGCUUCCUAGUGGAGAUGAACAUUUUAAAGAGGAAAACAUCAACUCACAGGAAGCAAAAUUCCAUAAUCAGUCUCAUCGCCAGCAUGCAGAAAAACUCUUUAAAUCCAGCCUCCCUGCUGUUGAGAUGGAUGAGUCGAAAUUUGUGCAGGAGUUGGCUAGGAGGAUUAGAGAUGAACAGAAGGGCCCAGUCAGUCAGUUGGCUGAGAGAUUUCCAGUUGAGUCGAAAAGGGACGAAAAGACAAACAGUAUGUACAUCAAGGAUUCGGGUAAUUUGGCUAAAGAGAAGGAAAAAAACAAGGAGAGGAAUGUUUUUAGCAACAAGAUGGAUGGACAACAAGUCAGAGUUGAACCGAGAAUUGGUGCUAAAGCAAUACUUCCUAGCUUUCCGGGGAUGGAAAAGAGCAAAUUUCAUGGAUUGCUGCCGCCAUUGGAAGAGAACUUUGACAGCAGGAGAGAGGAAAAAGAGAAAUCAAAAGAAAGACGAGAUGACAAACCAAGAGACAAGAAAAAGCAUAAAGAAAAGGAUGCGAAAAGUCAUCGAAAGGAGAAAGAAAAGAAAAAGGAAGAGAAGGGGAAGGACAAAAGUGCACACAGGAAAAGUGAACAGGACAAAUCAAGAGACAUCAGUAAGAGCAAUUUUGUCGGUGUUAGUAACACCACCCACCAAGUUCCACUUGUCUCCAAGGAUACCGUUGCCCGUACGGUCCCCGAGGGAAAUCACAGAAAAAGAAAGGAUAUCGAAACAAAUGGUUUCCUGCAUGAGAGUGAAGUCAGGCCUACUAAAGUGCUGCGGCCCUCAUCCUCUCAUCAGCCCACGCUGAAUGGAAAGAGAUUGGAGACUCACCAAAAAACAGACAUCUUAUCUUCCGACAAACAAGGUGUUGCCACCGAUAUUCAGGUGAUAAACAAGGAGCAGAAUCACAAUGGUACAAUUAAGUUAUCCAACAAGCACGGAGUUGCCACUGAUAUUGAGAUGGGAAACAAAGAGCGGGAGGUCAACGGUACAAUUAAGUUAUCCAACAAGCACGGAGUUGCCACUGACAUUGAAAUGAGAAACAAUGAGUGCGAGGUCAACAGUACAAUUAAGUUAUCCAACAAGCACGGAGUUGCCACUGAUAUUGAGGUGGGAAACAGGGAGCGUGGGGUCAAUGGUACUAUGAAAGGUCAGCCAUUAGCUAUGUCUAAACCAAAGACAUUGGCUAUAUCUAAACCAAAGGCUUCUUCCAUGUCUCCUGGUGCUGAUCAGAUUGCUGAAGCGUCUAAAAGACCUCCUCAUCCUGAUUCCAAGUAUCUGAACCAGAUACUCUCGGUUCCCAAGAUGGACGAGUGGUCUGGAUUCGAUGAUCAGAAUUGGUUAUUUGGAAGCAAGAGUAAUCUGGUAAGGAAGCCCGACAUGUGUCAUGACGAAGUUAUGGACAAUCGGGUAUGGUCGGAACCUUUGCAAAUAGACUCUGCUGAUGUUUAUGCUCUGCCAUACGUAAUACCUUAUUGACUGCUGUUGACAUGAUCUAACAUGGUGAGUUUCCAAGGACCAAGCUCUGUCGGCUAUGCAAGGAUCCCGAGUAUAUUUGGCUCGGAGAUGCCUAUGCUGGGCUCUCGGUUGGAUUCUCACCUUCCUGCUCUGGUGGUUGCGCUCGUGGCUGCAUUAAGUGGGGCCAUUUGUUGUCCGGUACUUGAACAUCUAACCAACCAGUGUGUGUAGGAAGUUGUUACAUGCAUAAGCUUCUGCAAGUUUAUUCUAAAAGCUUAGAUGCCAUUCUAAUUGUGAGUGUAAACGAACUAGUAUUUGUGGUCUUUUACAACUCCGCACAAUUUUGAUUUUGUAAUAUAGAACUCUGCUAUAAUUGUAUGAUAGAGGGGGGAAAAGAAAAAAAACAAAGGAAAGAGGUAGCAGCUGAAUUCAUUUUAUUUUAUUCACUUAGAUCACAGUUUUGUCUAUAAA